UUUUGAUUGUUUUCAUUAGUUGCCGUGAUACGUCAGGAAAGGGGACACUCUUCUUUGAUUUCAACUUUUUGGGGUGGUGGUUUCCUUUGAAGGAACUAAAAUGGAUCAAUAAUAAUUGACUUAAUCUCAACAGACUUACCAUCGGCAAUAUUACAUUUUCAAUCAUCUGCUUGACAGAGGCUUGAAAAUGCCUGUAAUGACAGAAAUAGAAACGAGACCUGAGGAUGUUGGUCAUAUUUUGGUGAAAGUACAAGAUGAUUUACGUCAACUUAGAGAACGUUUGUUGGCACAAGGAGAUGGACAGAGUAUUAGUGUAUCUGAUGUGGAGGCAGCACUGGCCAAUACUGAAAAAGGAUUACAGAGGAGAACAGAAGAAGUGGUUCAUCAUUUAGACAAUCGUAUUCAGACAUUUUCAUUAAAUGGAGAAUAUGGUCAAGGUAUGGAACCAUAUACAGGAAUAGAAUCAACAUGGGAUUUAAAAACUAAUAACAGAACAGAUCACAUCAAUAGAUCAGGUUAUUUGUCAAGAGAUACAAUGGUGAGGAAACCAAUGAUGUCAUCAGCUAUGUUACCGACUAAACAACCAGUACAGUUACAAGGUCUAACACCAGGUCAACAGAUGAAACAACAGCGUAAUCUAAGAGCCAUGUUUAAUCCUCAUAAUCAACAAAAUAGAAAUGUCAUGCAGGAUAAUUUUGGUGUUCAACUUCCUCUUAUACAUACUAAGAAAGAAUCAAAAGCCCCAAACAAACCAGUAUUAGGAUCAACAGUUGAACCACUAACAGUUUUACCUAAAGCUAAUAGAGUUGAUGCUCAGUUGGCACCACCACCUAUAUCAGAAGAAGAUACACAGAAAGGAAUUAUGAGUUUAAUGGAAAGAGGUUUGAUUCCACCUGCUGCUCAACUAACUCUUGAUCCUUCACCUGUACGCCAAAAAUCGGCACCAUUACAUGAUCCACAAAAGAAAAAUAAAACACCUGCUGUUUCAGAUAUGACUGGUUUAUAUGCUGGAGUUAGAUUAGACGUUAUUGCGAAAGAACUAGAAAAUUCUGAUGCAAUAGUAAAAGUACCUGGUGCUGGUCAAUCAAGAGCAGACUCGUCAGAAUUACGAAAAUAUUAUAAUCACUCAAGGAUAACAUCAGCUACUUCUACUAAUUAUGCAAAAACACCAGUCUCCAUGAAAACAUAUGAGAUGCCACUCCAACCAAUGCGUCUGCCACCAUUACAGCCUCCACCAACAACACCAGCUAGUGGAGAACUGAAGUUAAUGAGUCACAGAUUUGCUAUACAACAUGGUAGAGUGCGAGAUAAUCAACCAGAAUUUCUGGCUUUUAAACAGCAUUACUGUUUAUCAUGGGGAAGUAUUGUGACAACUAUUAGACAAUUAGAGAAGAUGUUGUCAGCUUAUUCUGUUCCUAUAGCUUUUAUAAAUGGAGAUAGGUUGGCUGAUCUAUCUGUAGAGUUUGAACUUGAAAGACCACCAUUUAUUGAAGAUUUAUUAACAGUGAUAGUCAACAGAGAAGAUAUAGAAUCAAUCAUAGCUAAACCAGGUAGGAAAUUCCUUGGCCAGAAUGGACCAGUGGUUGCUGCUACAUGUAUACAAGCAUCAUGGCGACGUUACGUAGAUAGAAAACAAUAUCUAGAAUAUCGUAGAUUAAAAUGGGCUGCUGGGGUUAUUGCUAUAUCGUGGAUUAUGCAUAUUAAAAUGGCUAAAGUCAGGAAACAACUACGUCAAACACGUCUUGAUGAAUUAGAAAGAUUUAAAGAAAGAGCCAAGAAAUUGGCUGUUAAUUGGGAUAGAAUUAGUUACAAUAGAAGAGUUAUAAUACACAUACCGUCAUUAGGUCUAUCUCAGAAUAUUAGAGAUAGUAUUCAUGAUUUCGGUAUUCGACAAAAUACUCAGAUGGGAAGAUUAUGUGAUAUACAUGAUCCUAAUGUAGAUGUGAUAUUUGUCUCACCAGUACCAUUAAGUGAUGAAUCAUACCAGUAUUAUUCUAAACUAUUGGGUUUAAAGGCUGCUAUAGGUAGCGGUAAGGUAGAAGAUCAAGAAGAUGUUAGUGAUAGAUAUAAAAUUAUUAUACCUGAAGCCAUCAAAAGCUUUCCUACACACAGAAUGUGUUUAUCUACCAUAUUAAAAUACAGUCCAAUAGCCUUACAGAGAAUAAAGAGAUUAAUAGUAGGACGAGAAGCCUUAAUAGUUACAGGUGUACCACAUAAAGAUGAUUUAUCUGUAGCUGAUGCUUUAAAUAUACCUAUAUUAGCACCAGAACCUGAUAUAGCUCACCUUUAUUCUACUAAAUCAGGAUGUAAGAGAAUAUUUGCUAGUGCUAAUGUUGACAUGCCUCAUGGAGAAUAUGAUAUUUAUAGUCUGGCUCAGCUUCAUGAAUGUUUAGCUCAACUGGUAACAGAGAAUUUAAAUGUUAAACGUUGGUUAUUUAAACUUGAUGAUGAGUUUGAUGGUCGAGGUAUAGCUACAUGUGAUGUCACACAAUUUCUAGAAUGUUAUAAAUGGGCUUUGAAAGAAUCUAAAAGAUAUGGUGAAAAAUGGUCUAAAAAAUGGGCACAGGAAGCAGCCUAUAUUAAAAUUUUAGCUGAAAUACCAGAAAUUUUGAUCACUUAUGCUCAACCUGCUAACAAAAAGAUCUAUCCAACAUGGUCUAAAUAUCUAGAAGCUUUUCUAAGUCAGGGUGGUGUUAUAGAGGCGUGUCCACCAUCAGAGAGUAUAACAACUUUAUCUGCUGAUCUGUUAAUAGAACCAUCUGGUAAUGUUAGAAUAUUGACUGUAGGAGAUCAGAUACACGCGGAAUCACCACUAUCAUGUUGGGGAAUGUCAAUACCACAAUCCUCUAUAGAACCAUCUAUUAUAAACAGUGCUUGUUUUAAUAUAGCUGAGGCAUGUAGAUCUAGAGGUAUUGUUGGAUAUAUGACGGUGGAUUUUGUUACGUUCAUUAAUGAUAAGGUAGAACAGAAGUUAUGGGCAUUAGAUAUCAGUCUAAGUUACAGUGAUACCCUGUCAAUCUUCCAGUUAUUGAGAUAUACAACUGGUGGUAAACUAGAUACAGAGAAUCAUAUCUUUAAUAUUAAACCACCAAUACCAGACGAGAAAAAAGUUAAACCAAAACGCAAAACUGGUUCUGAAGAACCACCGAAUACAUGUAGAUAUGCUGUAAUGAGUACACGUCUUCUACAUACUAAUCUAGCUGUUGUACAUUAUAGUGUCUUCUUUCAAAUGUGUAGAGCUCAUGGUAUUGGGUUCGAUAUCAAGGAGAAACAAGGAACAGCUUUUACACUUAUAGAUAGUUUUAGUAGAGAAAGAUUAGGAAUGAUAACAAUAGGAGAUAAUCUACAAGGAGCUCUAGCUAUGUUUGCUCGUAAUCUUUCUGUUAUACAUCAAGAAAUAUCGGCGCCAAACAUGCAGGGUGAUACAAACUUUAAGGGUGCAAUAGAAGAUAUUGAAGGUAUAUUAGGUACCACAAUACAGAAUGCUGAAGAUCAACUAACUAAAGAGACUUGAAUGUUUAAAGUUAUUUUAUCAUAUUGUGUAUAAUUUUCUAAUAUGUGUGUACAUAAAGUGUGGAAACUUUGUUGGUUGUGAUUAUUACAAACUAUUUUGUGCCUUUCUGUAUAUUAUUAUGUUGUAAAAAAAGUACAGACAUCUUUUUUAAUUUUGUAGAAUUGCUCAUCUACUGACAUCUAACAAUAUUUGUUAAGUGAAAACAUAUUUUCCGUGUAAACAUGCAAGCCAGGGAGGUAUUAAGUUAGUAACUUGCAAUUAACACAAGGAAAAUAUAACUCAAUAAGAUUUAAAUGGUGUAUAUGCAGUGUGGUAUAGGAAAUUUAAUAGUGUAUUAAUGUUCUAUUAAAAUACAUCACCUUUGAUGUUGGUGUAUCAUUAUUUCAAGUAAUGUUACAGGCAACAUGGUAAUCGGACAUUAUUGGAAAUAUAGGUGAUGAUUUCAUAGAAAUGCACAUGCGGGAUACUGUAGCUGUAUUUUAAGUUGUUUAAAGGCCUUGAGUAAGAUAUUGCGUAACAUAUUGAUACAUCACUCGGACUGAUCCCUCUUGUAGUAUCAAUAUUUACUUAAUGUUUCGCUCUCCACCUUUAAACCAUACUUAAAUGAGUGUCACAAACUGAUAUGAUAAUCACAUAUUGUAAUAUUUCUAAAAAGCCAUAGUGUUGUUAAUACAUCUACUGUUAAAAAGGAAAUCAGACAGUGUAUUUUAAAAAGAAUCUCAGCUACACAUAGUAAACAAUUGUCUGUGACAAAAAGACACCAGAUAGCACUACAAACAGAAAUUUCACCAAUUUUGACAAGCUGUUAAGAGAUUCUGUUAAAGCUUAAUAAUUUGUCAUUGUACUAUGUACAAGUGUCAAUAACCUGGGGCAAAAAGUUGUUAAUAAAAUAGUAGGCACAUUAUAGGUUAAAUUUAUAACUCAAAAGAAGAAGCAACUCACUUUUAGAUAUUCGUAAUGGAGAUAGUUACUAGUGAUUCUUCCUCUUUACUAAGAUUAGCAUUAUAUCAAUGUAAAUAAAAACAAUAUUAUCAUGUACAUUUAUGUAAAUAGUUUAUAUAGUCCCUUUCCUUCAUAAAUCUAUCAUUAUAUACAUGUGAUAAUUUUAUAUUUUAAUAAUAUAUUUAUUCAUAUUUUAAUUAUAUUUGUAUUGAUUUCAUUCAGCAUUAUAAUUGUUACUAUUGCUAAUUAAGCCUAUAUAUCCUUAUGAACUAUUUGCAAAUUAUAUCAAUUUUAUGUUAAAAAGCAACAUUCCUUAGUUUCAAGUUUCGUAUAAAAUUUUAUUCUAAGUUGUAUUACAUAGUUUAUUUCCAUCCUUUCGUAAUGUCUGUUAAAAUGCAAAUUAUAUAUAAAAAAAAAUUGGUUUUAAAAAAGCAACAUACCAAUUAAGAUUUUUGAGUUUUUUAGAUCUUUUUAUUCUAAAUAUAUUUUUCUAUAUAGUUUAUUUCCCGUCCAAUCAUAUAAAAACACCCAUCAUUCCUGUUAAUAAGUUUUAUUUAAAUUGUAUUUUAAAGUUUAUUUACCGUCCAUUAUGAUGUUUGUAAUGAAAUGCAUACAGUAUUAUUUACAUGAUUGUUUUAUAUUUCUAUUUUAAAUACAAUGUUACAAGUUUGCUGUGAUGUAUUUAUAUAAUCUAUUCUAUGUUUAUCAGCAUUAUU